CCUGCCCAGAAGUUUGGGUGUGGAAAUUCACAGUGUUAUACAGCAUCUUCAGUUCUAACUUGUGAGGAAGCCAAAGGAUCCUCCAAAGCCUGGCUGAAAGAACAUCUGUGCGCAGUGUCUUUUUAGAGGCACUGCCAUAAGGGAGGGAGGGAAGGGCUCAACAGUCUGGACUGUUAUUGUCCUUCUCUCGGAAUUAAGAGACAACACAUGCAAUGGACUGGCAUCCGUACAGAACAGCCGCUGUGCUGUUCAUUUUCAUGGUGUCUCUGGAAUUCUGCAUUGGUCGUUUCUAUGUUGAGGUGAAAGAAUGGGAUAAAAAUGGUGUGGAGAAAUUGAAAACCUAUCGGAGACAGAAACGAGAAUGGAUUAAAUUUGCGGCAGCCUGUAGAGAAGAAGAAGAUAAUUCAAAGAGAAAUCCAAUUGCCAGAAUCCGAUCAGAUUGUGAAGAAACACAACCAAUUAUAUACCGAAUAUCUGGAGUAGGGAUUGAUCAGCAUCCCUUUGGAGUUUUUGUCAUCAAUCAAAAGACGGGUGAAAUUAACAUAACAAAAAUAGUAGAUCGGGAGGCAAAUCCAAUAUUUACUAUUAAUUGUCAUGCUAUAAAUCCUAUAACUGGUCAAUCAGUGGAAACCCCACUUGAGCUUCGAGUUCGGGUUCUGGAUAUCAAUGACAAUCCACCAGUAUUUACGCAGGCCACGUUUUCAGGGUCAAUAGUAGAGAGCAGCAUGGAUAAUACAUUGGUGAUGAAAAUAACAGCUACAGAUGCUGAUGAGCCAAAUAACCUUAAUUCCAAAAUUGCCUACAAGAUUUUGAGUCAGACUCCUGGAGGUCCCUCAAAGUUUAUUUUGAAUGCUGCAAAUGGAGAACUUCACAUUGCAAAUAUCCUUGACAGAGAGGAAUCUGGUCAAUAUUCUCUGGUUGUGCAAGCUGCAGACAGGGAUGGAGGUCCAGAUGGAAUAUCAUCCGAAUGUUUAUGUCAAGUUUCUGUAGAAGAUGUAAAUGAUAACUUUCCAGUUCUUUCCCAGAGUUCGUAUUCUGUAACAAUCAUAGAAAAUUCCCUCAGUCAAGAUCUGCUGAGGAUACAAGUUGAAGAUGCAGAUCUAGCAAUGACAGAUAAUUGGUUUGCAGAAUUUUUCUUUAUCUCUGGAAAUGAAAACAACAACUUUGAAAUAGUACUUGACCAAGCAACUAAUCAGGGUAUCUUGAGAGUGAUAAAGGAAAUUGAUUACGAACAAUUUUCGAGCAUACCUCUGAGCAUUGGAGUACGGAAUAUAGCACCUUUCCACUAUUCAGUGGCUUCUCGGUAUCAAGCUCAUGGUACCCCAAUUAUAGUACAAGUAAGCAAUAUAAUAGAAGGACCAAGUUUUAAUCCAACUACAAUUACUGUUUCUGCAUCUGAAGGCUUAACAAGUGAAAAUAUACUUACUUACACCGUUGGAAAAUUUGAAGCCAUUGAUCAGGAUACUGGAAGGAUAGCCACAAAUGUACGCUAUGAGAUGGGGCAUGAUCCAGCUGCCUGGUUUAACAUUAACCCAACAACUGCUGAAAUCACAUUUAGCAAAGUGAUAGAUCGAGAGUCAAUCUAUGUAAUGAAUGGGGCAUACAGAGCAGAGGUACUUGCUAUUUGUAAAGAUGUUCCUUACAAAACAGCCACUGGAACCAUUGUGCUCACUAUUCAAGAUGUCAAUGAUAACUGCCCAAUUGUGACUGAUGAGAUCAGAAAAGUGUGUCUGGACAAUCCAUCAGUAGUGAUCACAGCUAAAGAUCUAGAUGACCAUCCAUAUGGACCACCUUUUAAAUUCACCAUAGUGGCUCAGUCUCCUGGAAGUUCAUGGACUAUCAGAGUAAUGAAUGAUACCUCUGCAGCACUGUUCAGCAAUGAUGUAGGGUUUUUCAUUCACGAAGUCCAAGUUAAAGUGUAUGACAACAGUGGCAGAAGCUGUGAAAGGCCACUGGUGGUUCCUUUGCAAGCUUGCCAUUGUGAUCGCAAUGCAAUGUGUAUCAAUGGUGCUACUCAGAGAAUCAGAGUUACCAUUGUUGGUGGUGGAGCUGCAGGUGGAGGUGGUGGAGCUGGUGGUGGUGGUAUGGGUGGAGGUGGUGGAGCUGCUGGUGGUGGUAUGGGUGGAGGUGGUGGAGCUGGAGGUGGCGGUAUGACUGGAGGUGGAGGAGCUGGAGGUGGUGGUAUGACUGGAGGUGGUGGAGCUGGAGGUGGUGGUAUGACUGGAGGUGGUGGAGCUGGAGGUGGUGGAGCUGGAGGUGGUGGCAUGGGUGGAGGUGGUGGAGCUGGAGGUGGUGGUAUGGGUGGAGGUGGGGGAGCUGGAGGUGGUGGAGCUGGAGGUGGUGGAACAGGUGGUGGUGGAUGGGGUGGUGGUGGUGGUGGUGCUGGUGAUUAUUAUGAUGGUGCAGGUGGUGAUGGUGACAUUGAUAGUGGCAGAAUCACUGAUGGAGGUUAUGACAAUGGUGAUACUUAUGCUCCUGGAGUAGGUGUAGAAAGAGAAGGCGGAGGAUUUGCACUUAGUCCUGCUGCCAUUUUUCUGAUGUUUCUUGGAGGAUUAAUAUUUGUGCUGGUUCCAAUUCUGAUGUCACAAAGCAACUGUUGUCGCUAUUGCAAAUCUCGCCCUGUUGGUGGAGUUGGCGCUGGAUUUGAGCCUGUGCCUGAAUGUACAGAAGGAGCUAUACAUUCAUGGGGUAUUGAAGGAGCACAGCCAGAAGAUCGGGAUGUUUCGAAUAUCUGUGUGACAGGAACAACUAAAGGUGACUUUGGUGAUUCCUCAGAUAUCUAUACAACUAAAUAUGAUGGAGGAAUGGUGAGCAGAGAAGAAACAACAGGACUUGGAGCAGUUAAAGGCUAUGGACAAACUGUAGGCUAUGAAACAACUACAGGCUAUGGAACAACAGGAAGAACAAAAGAAACCUAUGGAGGAACAAUAAAAGAAUACAGGGAAAGCGGCGUGAACAUGGCUUUCCUAGACAGCUACUUUUCUGAGAAAGCAUUUGCUUAUGCUGAUGAAGAUGAAGGCAGACCUGCAAAUGACUGUCUCCUGAUAUACGAUCAUGAAGGCAUAGGAACUCCAGUUGGUUCAAUUGGCUGUUGCAGUUUUAUAGGAGAUGACCUGGAUGACACUUAUCUGGAGACACUGGGACCCAAGUUUAAAACCUUGGCAGAAAUCUGUUUGGGUAUAGAAAUUGAGCCAUUCCCUGAUCCCAAUGCACCUUGGCCAUCUCUGCCCAAUCCUGAAAUUGAGCUAAACCUGCCACCACCUGGAACAACCAUUGUUGUGAAUACAUCUCCCCCAGUGCCUCCCCCAACUAAUAUUGGUAGCACAACAGUUGUUACGGAAAACACCUACACAACAUCCUCUGUACAGCCACCAAGACCUAUGCCCGACCCUGUGCUCCAUGGCAAUGUAGUGGUAACUGAGACCUACACAUCUAUGCCCAAACUAAAGCCUCCCACACUUAACAUCGAUUCUCUGCAUGGAUCAAAUGUUCUAGUGACAGAAAGGGUACUUGCUCCUGCUCCAGUCCCUGAUUUGCAUGGCAUGAUAGAUAUCCCUGAGCUGCCAGAUGGGUCAAAUGUAGUAGUCACAGAAAGAGUCAUUGCUCCAAAUGCAAGGAUACCUCCUUCUAUGAAUAUUCCUGAUAUGGCUGAUGGGUCAAAUGUAGUUGUAACAGAACGAGUGAUUCGACCUGCCACUAGCAUGCAGGGCAACCUGGGCAUUCCUCCUGAAUUUGCAGGUGCACAUAAUGUGGUUGUUACAGAGCGAGUGGUUUCUGGAGCAGGAGUGAGCGGUGGCAUUGGCAAUAUGGGUAUGAUGCCUGGGUCUGGUAUGAGUGGUGGAGCUGGCAAUAUGAGUAUGAUGUCCGGGGCUGGUAUGAGCAGUGUUGGAGGUCUGGGUCCAAUGCUUGGCCCCGAUAACCUCCUUAGCCAAACAAUGGGAUCAGCGUCUCCUGCUACAGCUCGAAGAAGAGUAACAAAGUACAGCACUAUACAGUAUUCUAACCAGUAAGGCUGCAUGCAAUUGCACAUAAUUGAGAAAGUUCUUUUCUUUUUUAGAUUUGCCACCAUACCACAUUUUUAUAUUUAUACGUAGCAAAUCACAUUAUGGAAGAAAAAUGAAUUACUCUUGUCUAAAAAAAGAAUCUCAUAAAGCUAUCCAUUUCCAAAAGGCACUGAAAGUAUAGGAAAACUCUGAUGUUGUCUUUUUGUCAAUGUACUUAAAUGCUAAUACUACUGGCACAGUAUUUUUUAUAUAUAUACUUGAUGCUGAAGAGCAUAACUGGCCUACCACAUUAUUUUUCUAUAGUCAUCUAGCAAAAGCACACAUUAUUUGCUGUCCUUGUUUUGUUGUCAUUGUUACCUCCUCUCUUUUUAUUAUUUUUUUUCAAGAAAGACAAAAAACAGAAUUAUGCUCAAAGCAGCUUGACAGAACAGUCUGAGCUGUUUCUUUCCAUUCCAUUACUUGCCCUAUUUUAUGCUGUUUCUUUCCAUUCCAUUACUUGCCCUAUUUUAUGCAAACCACAUAGAAUCAGUUUGAGGUCGUGAUUCCAAAUGUAACACACAGUUCAGUUUUCUUGUGAAGCUCGCUACCUGGUCAGCACAAGACAGCAAAAUGACAUCAGAGCUGGGGGAAGACAAGAACAAAAUUUAGAGGAAUUUUGCCCACUGAUUCUGUGUUGUUACAAGUAGUUAAUGCAGAAGACCUUUACAGAAACAACACAGUCGAAUAUUACAUGUCAUGUCAUUUUUUAUGAAUGGUGAGUGAGGCCUUCCAUUUAAGUCCUAUUGUACAUCAUCAAUUCUUAACAUUACCUGACUUUAAGGCCUUUCUUACAGAAACCUUUGAAUUCAAACCUUUCUCAGUUCACCACAGAUACUACCUUUGACAUGGAACUCUUCACUCUAUUAAUGCAUAACCAGUUUCUCAAUUUAUGCAAAGUAUUACAAAGCAGUCUCCUUUAUUAUAGAGUUUACUUGAUCUAGUAUAUUGAUUGAAAAGAAAAGAAAAAAUCAAUCUAUUUAGAAGAAAUGAUAGAAUUGGUUUCAAAACAAGAGCACAUCGAUAGUGCAAGAAGGGUCACAGAUGUAAAUAGUAUUGAUUCUUGAAAGUAACUUGAAACUACCUUACUAAAUUUGUAUUUUUAGAACUGUACGAUAACAUUUCUGCUUAAAUGCAUUGCUAUAAAAUACUUCGUUGAAACUAGGAAUAAGCUCCUUUGAAGUCAAUAGGAUUUAUGUAAAAGUAUGCCUGGGUCUCGCACAAAGCAAACUUCAAAUUGCACACAUUCUUUAAUUGCAUUGAACUGCAUUAUCUAGGUCUACAGUGACUCAUGUAAUGCAGUUACAAACAAUAUGGAUCCAGCCUUCAUGUCCUACUACUUAAAUUGCAUUUUAAAAAGCAAAUAUAUUGGCCAGAAACCAGAGCUGCUUCAAGGUUUGCCCAAGGAGCUUAGAUAUACCCAUAGUUAAACAAAUAUAGGAUACGAUAUCCAAUUGCUUUCAGAUAGACUCUGCCAUGUGGCAAAGUAUUCUAAUGUUGUAGGGAAACAAGUCCAAAGCCUAACUGGGCAUGCAAAUUUGGAAUUGCUAUUUUUUGUAGAAUUCUGGGACUUGUUGCCCAAAAAGUAACUUCCUCUCAGAUGUAACUGUCCCAAGUUCUAAUAUUUUUGGGUUCCAAACCUACAUAUUUUAACUCUGCAUCACAUUUAAACUGAAUGAAAUGCAAUACAGACAGCAUUUUCUGUUAGUCAUUGAAGACAAAGAUUUUCUCUGUCACCAAACUAUAACAGUCUGUGCUUAUGAUAUCUUCAGUGUUUUUGAUAGGUAUCUACAGAAAUUUAAGGAAAUUAAGAUGCUUUUGACUACUUCAGGCUGCUCCCUAUGUUCUAUUCCCCUUUUUAAAAAAAUUGUGUAUAAAGGGACAUCCAGAAAAUGGCUGUCAGAAAAACGAUGGAUAAAGAGAAAACUUAUUUCAAUCACAUCCGCAGCUAUCUUAUCAAGUGGUCAUAACUUUUCUAGCAUUGCAAGCAGUUUCCUGCUGCUUACACAUUCUUUAAUCAUGAGUAAGGCAAUGUAACUGUAGAAGAGGUUCAUAAUUCUUUGGAACCUUUCAGUUUCAAGUCCUCGAAGUCCUGAAAGGCUUCUCUGCACAAGAGUAUAUCAGUAAAUUUAUUCAAAUUUAAAUGUAAUAGUUUCACACAAAGAAUCCUGGAAAUUAUUGCUUGAAAAUUGGCUACUGGACAUUUGUCAGUAGUAGCCAGAGUCAUAUUAAGAAUAUAUCCAAUGAACUCAAUCAGACAUGAUGAUAAAUCUAACUCUAAAUUGAUUUUAAUGGGUCCUAGAUAUGAAAAAAGCAAAGAUCUGAACCAUUAUAUUUAAAAAUUUUACCUGGUUGUUGAUCUCAAUUUGGUUGUAGGUAUAAACAUUAAUUACCAUUGCUUUUGAACAAACCAGCAAUUAAAUUCCUCAUUCCAAUGAAGUGCCACUUGUUUCCUUCUGAAAAUGUUUU